AUGAAUUCAUCCGACAUUUGUCCACUUCCAAGUGUUCCUGAACAAGUCACUGCCAAUUGGCUUGGCAAGGUUCUCGGACAGAAUGUGAAAUGUCUGGAACUAACUCGCAGUGUUCUGAACGCCACAGCCAGCAAACUCUUCUUUACCAUAGAGUAUGAGAAUGAUAAAGAUGAUGAAGACAGACCAAAGCAUGUGUGCAUCAAAGGAGGAUUUAAUCCCGCGAUGCUGGCAACAGAAGGCUUCAGAGAGCUUCUGAUAUCCGCCUACACCAACGAAGCGAAGUUUUUCAGUCUUGUUGCACCUACGCUAAAUCACAUGUCUCUUACAAAGGUUUGGUGGGCAGGCGUUAGGGAUGAGCAAGGCAUUCUUGUGAUGGAGGACUUGAACGAGGCCGGAUAUACAUUUGGAAACCCGCGAGAUGUGUGGUCGAUUGAUAAAGUCAAGGCUGGCGUCGAACAGCUAGCAGCACUACACGCUAGCACUUGGGGGUACUCGUACGAAGAUUAUCCUUGGAUCACGGCUUCAUAUGAGGGCAUGAUGAUGGCUCUCGCUGAUAUGUGGGAUGACCAGAUCCAUGGUGCGGAUCGACCUCCGUGUCCUGAUAUCAGCAAAACUUCCCGAGAGCGUACGGUGAAUGCCAUCAAGAAGCAUUUUGCCACCAAGAACCCAAAGUUCAUGUCUCUGAUACAUGGCGAUCCGCACACGGGUAAUACAUAUCUCGACAAAGCUGGCAACCCACGUUUUCUCGACUGGCAGACCUUUCACAUUGGAUCACCAUUCCAUGACCUGUCCUACUUUAUCGUGGGUGCUUUAUCAGUGGAGGACCGAAGAGCGAACGAGGUGGCGGUAAUCGAUCAUUAUCUCGAAGCUCUGGCUAAAUUCGGAGGCCCUUCUCUCUCAACGAAUGAUGAUGAUGUUAUGAAGGAGUAUGCAAAAGCGACGAUGGCCGAAUGUGUGUUUCCGAUGUGCGAACGAUAUGGUGCUGCGAUCGUUGAUCAUAAGUCAAUCGAAAUUGUCGAGGCUCUACGGGACCUUGAGUAA